GCUACCGAGAAGUUCAGAGGUUAGAUGGGACAGUAGUCAGGGAAAUUAGCAGGUGUUCAAGGGAUUUGCUAUCAGCGUGGCUGGCUAUGGGUGAAAAUGAAGAUGGCCUAUGGAUUAGAGAAGAUUCAGGAGAAGCCUCUCUCCAUCCUGAAGAGUGCUUUUGUAGAGGAGCUGACCUAAAGUUCUGAGAUAUCUGUGGGUCCUGGGCAGCACCAAGACUUAAAGCUCUCAAGGCAAACUCAGAAAAUGAAUCUUUUCCAGGCGAUAACAAGUGCCUUGGAUAACUCAUUGGCUAAAGAUCCUACUGCAGUAAUAUUUGGUGAAGAUGUUGCCUUUGGUGGAGUCUUUAGAUGUACUGUUGGUUUGCGAGACAAAUAUGGAAAAGAUAGAGUUUUCAACACCCCAUUGUGUGAACAAGGAAUCGUUGGAUUUGGAAUUGGGAUUGCAGUCACUGGGGCUACUGCCAUUGCAGAAAUUCAGUUUGCAGAUUACAUUUUCCCUGCUUUUGAUCAGAUUGUUAAUGAAGCUGCCAAGUAUCGCUAUCGCUCCGGAGAUCUUUUUAAUUGUGGAAGCCUCACCAUCCGGGCCCCUUGGGGCUGUGUUGGCCAUGGGGCUCUUUAUCAUUCUCAGAGUCCUGAAGCUUUUUUUGCUCACUGCCCAGGAAUCAAGGUGGUCGUACCCAGAAGCCCUUUCCAGGCCAAGGGACUUCUUUUGUCAUGCAUAGAGGAUAAAAAUCCUUGUAUAUUUUUUGAACCUAAAAUACUUUACAGGGCAGCAGUUGAGCAGGUUCCUGUAGAACCGUACAACAUCCCCCUGUCCCAGGCCGAAGUCAUACAGGAAGGGAGUGAUGUUACUCUAGUUGCCUGGGGCACUCAGGUUCAUGUCAUCCGAGAGGUGGCUUCCAUGGCUCAAGAAAAGCUUGGAGUGUCCUGUGAAGUCAUUGAUCUGAAGACUAUACUACCUUGGGACAUGGAUACAGUUUGCAAGUCUGUGAUCAAAACAGGGCGACUGCUAAUCAGUCACGAGGCUCCCUUGACAGGCGGCUUUGCAUCGGAGAUCAGCUCUACGGUUCAGGAAGAGUGUUUUCUCAACCUAGAGGCUCCUAUAUCAAGAGUAUGUGGGUAUGACACACCGUUCCCUCACAUUUUUGAGCCAUUCUACAUCCCAGACAAAUGGAAGUGCUAUGAUGCCCUUCGAAAAAUGAUCAACUAUUGACCAUAUUGACUUCUCUCUUCUUGAAAAGAGUUUUAAUGAACUGAAUCACCUUGGAUAUUGGCUGAAAAUUUUAAAUUAGCUAUCGUAUUAACACGUACGAGUUGAUGAUUUCCACUAAGAGUGUCUCAGAUUAACUUUUUUAAAUGUUCCACUUGGUAGUCUUAUAAAUUCCAUUUAAUUACAUCUGUAAAUAUUGGGUGUGGGAUAAUAUUCAAUAAAGCAAAAUCAGAUUGUCCUCA